AUCCCGUGGUGCUCCGCGGCGCGGCCUCGCUCUCUUCCGGUCGUGGACAGCCGGGGCAUACAGGGCGGUCGCGGCGGCAACGGCGGCAGGAUGUUGGCCACCAGGGUAAUUAGCCUAAUCGGCAAGAGAGCCCUUUCCACCUCGGCAUGCGUGCGAGCCCACGGGAGCGUCGUGAAGUCGGAAGACUACGCUCUCCCAUCCUACUCGGACCAGCGAGGCUACCCCUUGCCCGAUGUGGCCCAUGUCCAGAGCCUCUCUGCCCAGCAGAAGGCCCUGAAGGAGAAGGAGAAGGCCGCCUGGAACACGCUCUCUGUGGACGAGAAGGUUGAAUUAUACCGCAUCAAGUUCAAUGAGAGCUUCGCGGAGAUGAACAGAGGCACCAACGAGUGGAAGACGGUGGUGGGCGUGACCAUGUUCUUCAUCGGCUUCACCGCAUUAAUUGUCAUGUGGGAGAAGCGCUACAUGUACGGCCCCAUCCCGCACACCUUUGAGGAGGAGUGGGUGGCCAAGCAGACCAAGAGGAUGCUGGACAUGAAGGUCAGCCCCAUCCAGGGCUUCUCCGCCAAGUGGGACUACGACAAGAACGAGUGGAAGAAGUAAGGGGCUCCCCUCAGCCAGCCGCCUUCACACAGCCUGGCGCACUUUCUGGAAACUGCUUUGUAACGGAGACAAUGCUAAUAAAUGACCUGUGUAUGUGA